AGUGUUGUGUUGUAGGUAAAUCCUCUUUAUGUUUGUUGUUUGUGUUUGUGUUAUUGCUGUUUUGUUGUAAUGGUAAUGAACGCUGAACUUGAAACGAUGUUUCCGUGAAGAUCUCUUCUUCCUAUUGAUGCUGUUGCAAGCGUUUUCGUUGCAUCUAAAAUGGAGGAAUUAUUAUUUAUAAAACAGCUCGUACCUUCAAUCAUCUGUGGCCUUCUAUGUUUUAUAUCAGCUGUUUCUAGUCUCAAUUCAACAUCUAAUAGUACAACCUAUGUUCAAAAGGGUGGAAAAUUCAUUCUUGCUUGUGAAGUUGCAGGACUGGAUUUACACCUUUGGUACAAAGAUGGAAAACCAGUUGUGCCAAAUAAUAUCAAUAAAUUUCAUUUGGAAACAGACUCUCCCACUUAUUCCCCGUCUGAAGGUAAAUACUACACAACCAUGCGACUUAUAGUAAACAGUGCAGAUGCUGUUCAUACGGGUAAAUAUAAGUGUAACAGUGAUGGUUUACAUCCUCAAAAUGUCAUCGUUAUAACUGAAAAUAUGAUAAAAACAAAUGAAGACGAGCCUGGUAUGGGCAUUGUAUUUAUCCCCGGACAGCCAUUAGUUUUACAGUGCAACACUUCUGAGUGCCCUCAAUGUACAGUGCAAUGGUUUAAAGAGGGAGCUCCUCUAAAUUUCACAGAACGUAUCACAAGACAUGCUAAAAAUAAUUCUAUUAUUAUUAAGGAUACAACAUAUGAUGAUGGAGGAACAUACAUGUGUGCAAUUGACAGGAAGCAGCUGGAUAUUGCCUUAAAUGCUACUAUUGUUGUACAAUCUAAAAUAAAAUUAGAUAGAUUUGAUCAAUCUGCUGUUGUGGUCCAAGGUAGUGCAUUAGAACUUUAUUGUGUAGCUAAAGGAGCUCCUACACCAUAUAUCAAAUGGUUUAUAGGGGAAGAGGAAAUUAAAGAAGAUGAUGAGCGAGUUAAAUUACUAGAUUUUGAAGGGUUAAAAAAUGCCAAAUUAGUUAUUGAAGAAGCAGAUUUUUCUGAUAGAAAUCAUUAUACUUGUGAAGCUUUCAAUCAGUUUGAUUCGUGCAAUACUACAGUUUUUAUAAGAAUAAAAGACAAGCUUGCUGCUCUGUGGCCUUUCCUUGGAAUAUGUGCUGAAGUAGCAAUAUUAUGUACCAUAAUUUUUGUAUAUGAAAGAAAUAAAAGUAGGACACAGUUAGACGAACCUGAAACUGAUCUUCCAACUGAAAACAAGCAUCAUCGUGACCAAAAGGCAAAGGGGCAGGACAUAAGACAAAGAAAGUAGCCUUUCUUUGAGUCAACCUAUUCAGCCGUGAUACAAAUAAUUGUUUUGUGUUCUCAUUGAAAAUUUUGUGUUUAAUUUGUUUGCCUUCUUCAUAUCUUGAUUCGCGUAAAAUAUGUUGAUCUUGAAUUUGAUUGUUACCUAAAAUCAUUUUAAAGUGAUAAAGCAUUUAUAUUUAUCAUUUCUUGUAUUUAUCAAUUUUCAUGUGAGAAGUCAUAUAUGCAUCCAAGAAUGCAUAGCUACAACGAGAACAUUAGCAAUGUCAGUUAAAUGUUGUACAAGUUUUAGUAGAUGUUUGUGUGUAGUGUGCCAGGACCUAUGGAACUCCUACUAGUAUUCUUGUUCAUGCGUGUUAAUGUCUACUGCAAUAAAUAAUUCCUCUAAUGUGCUCACUUCUGAAAAGAAUAUUUUCAUAAGGCAAGAUGUUCUUGUGUUUGUGAAUUAUCCUGCAUAUGAUAGCCUUAUGUGAUGUUGCACUUUUCUGUUCUCUUUUUUAGAUCUGAAGCAGAUAAUUUUUAUACUCAAGAUGAUAAUCAUAGAACGUAUUUCCUUUUCCCUCAAUGAGAGGAACAUAUUUUCAUGUGUGUUAUACCUACAUGAAUGUUUUAAGUUGAUGUUUUUGUACUAUAUUCGAAAGCAAUCAGAGCUUCAAAACGCAAAAUGAUAUUUUUGAAGAGCCAUGUUAAAAUUUAACAUAAAGUUAACGUUAACAUUAAAAGCAUUUGCUAAAUGCUUUGAAAAUAUUUCAUUUCAUUCUUAAAACAAGGAACUGACAACUUCAUUUUGCUUUUGAAACCUUAAAAAAAGCGUUUGGAUUCAAAAAAAAAUCAUUCUUUAAGAAGCAGUAUUUUCUGAAAAUUUUCUUUUGAUUCUUGAAUAUUUUCUAAUUUACAGGUCCAUCAUACAAAAUUAUCUAAGAUGACAAUAAAGAAGACUCCCUUUUGCUCCAAUAAAAGCUUUGUACUAAAUUAAUUUUACACAAAUAAAUUGUUUCAUCUUCAUAUUUUUGAACUGGAAUUGAAAAAUUUAUUUUAAAAACUUUGUAUUUUAAAACUAAUAUUGAAGUCAGUGCAGUAGUAGUGAUGUGGGGAGGGGGAGGGCACAGUUUCCCCAAAAUAUUUGUUCUAUUACAGUAUUAAUAAUGCAAAUUAAAUGUGAAUUGGUUACAAACCAAAAAACUCUUUUUUUUUAUUUAAAUAUUUUUUUAAAAAGAUCAAUUUUUUUAAAGAAUUAAAAUGCUUACUUCCUAUAUUUAAAAUUGGCAUAAGUUAUCUAAGCUGACUUUUUUUUUUCAGCCUAACAAAAUUGGCAAACCAUGAAAUAUAUCCUGUUAAAAGGUGUGUUCCUGCGGAUAUUCCCCCCUCCCCAACUGCAGCACUGAUUGAAAUUUACAGAAUAUGAAAACUAACUUUUUAAAGCCAUAAUAAAUUUAGCAUCCAAAAAUUUCAAAUUUUUUGAAAUAAUACUGCCAAUAUAUUGAUAGUUAUUUCAGGAAAUUCAAUCAAAAUUUUGUUGUCACCUUUAUUGCAAAGUUCAACAAACAACUUUUAAUAUUCAGCUUUAACUUUUUUUUUUUUUUUCAAGUUAUUUUAUUACUUCAAUUAUAAAUGUGUAGUGGUAAGAAAAAGGCUCUUCAUUUAAAAAAAAAAAAAAAAAAAGGGACUUUGAUGCUCUGAUAUGAACUUAGAUGAGAGUUCAAACUCAUUUGUAGACUUUUAAUUUUCAUUAUUUUUUAGGUGUUGAAUUGUUCUAUGUAGAUUAAUAUUUGUCUUUUGAACAUUCUCUCUUAAGCUUUCUUGAUUCUUGUGUUUCAGUUAUAGUCUUCAUACAUGAAAAGCUAGUCAGUAUUUUAAACAUAGUCAAAGACAUUAUGUUGUAUUAAAUAACAUUCUUGUUUAAUGUAUAAAUUUUUUUCAUUAUCAAUUUUUAUCCUUUAUUAUUGUGUAUUUUAUUGGAGAGAAAAAAGGAUCUCAUUGCAUAUAGUCAGACCUUCAGAUAAGAAAGCAGACUAAAAUAAUGUUUAAAGCAAUUAUAUCUGUUCAUGGUUUUGUAGUAUCCAUCUCAGUUUUAUAUAUAUAUAUAUUCUGAAUUAAUGUCACACAUUAUUUUGUAUAAUUACCUUGUUUAUUAAUUGUAAAAAAA